AUGCGGCUCACGCAGUUGUCCGUUCUCCUUUUAUCGCUGCCCGCCGGCAUCCUCUCCGUCGUUAUCUUUCCCGAAGCCGAAGUCUCCCAGAUCCAACCUGAGGGCUCCCCCAGCCGGUUGUCCGAAGCCGCCGCCGCCGUCGUGGAACACGCGGCCAAGUUAUCGCCAGAGUUAGUCGGACGGCCUGCAUCACAUGUUGUCGAAGAGGUGGAGGAAGAAGAGCAGACGGCAGACCAGCUCAGACUCACCCCCAAGAUCGCCUAUCUCCCUCACGCCACCGAGACCAUUGUCGAAGACGGCUGGGUCACGAUUACCAGGCUCUCCCCCAAACAUGCCUCGCACGCAAAGACGGUCGGCGGUGACCCUGAUGAUGAUCAGCCUCUGCCCGUGGUGAUCUGGCAUGGGCUGGGAGAUUCUGCCGACGCCAAGGGGAUCCAAGAGAUCGCAGCCAUGUUGGACAAUGUCCAUCCGGGGACAUAUGCAUAUAUCAUCUCCCUGGGUGGGAACCCGGGCUCGGCCGAUCGCCAGGCUUCGUUCUUUGGUAACGUCACCGAACAAAUCCUGUCCGUCUGCCACAUGCUGUCGAGCGACAACAUCCUGCGUACGGCACCGGCCCUCGACGCAGUGGGAUUCAGCCAAGGCGGCGUAUUCCUGAGGGGUUAUAUCGAGAGAUGUGCCCAUUGGGCACCGAAGAUUCGGUCGUUGAUCACGUUCGGAUCUCCGCACAACGGUAUCGCCGAGUUUCAGAAGUGUUCCUCGCCGUCCGACUGGAUUUGUCAGGGCGCCAACGCGCUCUUGAAGAGCAGCACCGUCUGGUCCGACUUCAUCCAAUCGAGACUGGUACCCGCCCAGUACUACCGUGACACGAAAGACUUUGACAAUUACCUCAAACAUUCCAAUUAUCUGGCGGACAUCAACAACGAGCGAGAACGCAAGAACGCCAGUUACGCUGACAAUCUCGCCACCCUGGAGAAAUUCGUGAUGAUCCUCUUUGACGAUGACAAAACCCUCAUUCCGAAGGAGAGUGCCUGGUUUGCAGAGUUCAACGAGACGGAAAACUCGGUGACACGCCUCCGAGAUCGACCCAUCUACGAAGAGGACUGGAUCGGCCUGAAGAAGCUGGACGAAAAGGGUGGCCUGAAGUUCGUGGGCUUGCCCGGCGAGCACAUGGAGUUGCGAGCCAAGGAUUUGAGGAGUCUGUUUGAGGAGUACUUUGGGCCGGCGGGGAAGGAGUUUGAGGAGCAAUCCGGCUCUGCGAGGGAGCAGGAGAUGGACAUGAAGCCGGAGCUAUAA